CUUAAGUUAUUUGACAUGCAAGAAAUUGUUUGAUUUAUUUUGAAGGAAUUAAUUAAUUUACAUGAUUUUCAGCUCAAACCCAACAGAAGGUUUCAGAUCAUGAAGGGGGCAGAUGGCAAACUGCAGGUCAAGGGUCUCAUGCCAGGUCAGCAGUUGGUGCAGAUGCCGGACGGGAAACUGCACGUGUUCAGUACAGCGGGGGCAGCUACCACCACCCCCCGCCUGACGGCCCCUGCUGCCCCCGCCCCCCAACAGGUCACUGUGGUCAAAACCCCUGGGGCGGCGGGGACACAGCCCAUACUGCGACAACUCCGACCCGUCACACCUCUUAAGUCCAACGCCGUUGUCGCCAAACCUGGACAGACGGUGAUGAUAAGACAAGGUUCUCCUAUCGUCCAGAAGCAGCCUGGGACACAGACUGUUGUAGUGUCUGGGGGACAAGUCUUCUCCUCCGGUCAGAUCGUAGUCAGUGGCAACAAUGCAACUCAGUCACCAGUGAAAGUGUCAGGACAGCUGACGCCAGAACAGGAGGCUGCCCUACUGGUGAACCAACCACCAGGGACUGUGAUCAAAGCCAUCACAGCCCAGGUGAUUCAGACGCCCCAGGGUCCACGAAUAGUACUGCAGGGGCUCACGGGCUCGGACUUCACACCUCAGCAACUGGCCCUCGUGCAGCAGCAGGUCAAGCAGCAGUUGCUCAAAGCCCAAGCGAUGGCUGGCAACCAAGGUGUACUGGGUCCCACCAAAAUCUACCUAGCUGUUCAACCCGCCGCCCCCUCCUCGGCCCCACCAGCCCCUGCCCCCGCGCCCGAGAGUCCCAAGGCCAAAGUGGUGGUUCAGCAAGUAGCCAGCGGGGACCACACCUCUCCUGCCAACCUGGGUACAAAUGCUGUGACGCCUCAACAGACUGUGCUGAUGAACGGGCAACAGCAGCUGUUGUCUCCAUCGUCUGCUACUGUUCCCCCCUCCCCUUCCCCUGCCCCCCUCCAGGCCAAUGCGUCACCUAACAAGUUUGUCGUCACCUCCGACUACAUACAAACAAUGUAA